CGCAUUUCACUCCUUACUUUUCUCCACUCCAGUCUCUCUCUCUCUCUCUCUCUCUCUCUAUAUAUAUAUAUAUAUAUAUAUUCAGCGUUUCUUCUUCUCUGUGGCGUAGCUUUCUAGAGAGGAGGAAUCUAGGUCGUGCUCUGUGAUUUUUUCUCAUACUCUCUCUCUCUCUCUCGACAGUGAAAGCUCGGUAUUUGGUAUGGCUGCUGCUUCUACAAUCCGUUACGCCCCUGAGGAUCCAAAUCUUCCUAAGCCAUGGAAAGGUCUUGUGGAUAGUAGAACUGGGUAUUUGUACUUUUGGAAUCCGGAGACCAAUGUUACUCAGUACGAGAGACCAGCUUCUUCCGCUCCUCCCAAGCUUGCUGCUACUCCUGUAAGCUCUUCACUUCAGACUCAACAAUCUUCUUCUGGCAAGGAAGAGGAUAAGUAUAAUCGGGGCAGUGAUGGGCCUAAGUCUGAUUCUGGAUCAAGGUUCACUGAGGCUGCAAGAACUGGACCAAUAUCUUCUAAUGAUGCUGCGAGUGGACCAGGGAAUGCUGCAUCUGGUGGAUCAUCUGUCAAAGGGCCUCCUUCUUCGGCCACAGGAAAUGAAUUGUCCCCAGAGGCCUAUUGCCGCCGCCAUGAAAUUACUGUCAGUGGAGGCCAAGUGCCACCACCUCUGAUGUCUUUCGAAGCCACCGGUCUUCCCCCAGCGCUUCUGCGGGAGAGUCACAAUUUUAUGCCACAUGCGCUCUCUUUUGUCCCAGGUGCGAUAUUUGCUCUUGGAGGAGCUAAUGUCGUACGCUGUGCCACUUCUUUGGGGUCCUUGCAAAUUAUUUGGAGUGCCCUUUUUGGUGGACCAAAUUUUUUGGUAUACAGUGCAGGAUUCUCUGCUCCUUCUCCAAUUCAAGCUCAGUCGUGGCCAAUUGCUAUGCAGAACAGAGACAUAGUUGCCAUUGCUAAAACAGGCUCUGGAAAAACUCUGGGUUACUUGAUUCCUGGUUUCAUGCAUCUCCAACGGAUCCACAAUGAUUCACAAAUGGGCCCAACGAUCUUGGUAUUGUCACCUACUAGGGAGUUAGCCACACAAAUCCAAGUUGAGGCUCUGAAAUUUGGCAAGUCGUCCAAAAUUUCGUGUGCGUGCUUGUAUGGUGGAGCACCCAAGGGUCCUCAGCUGAAGGAAAUAGAAAGAGGUGUUGAUAUUGUUGUUGCAACUCCCGGGCGGCUGAAUGAUAUCCUUGAAAUGAGGAGAAUCAGUCUGCAUCAAGUGUCUUAUCUUGUGCUGGACGAGGCUGAUAGAAUGUUGGACAUGGGGUUCGAGCCUCAGAUCAGGAAAAUUGUGAAAGAGGUUCCCACUAAGCGUCAAACCCUCAUGUACACAGCAACGUGGCCAAAGGAGGUCAGAAAAAUUGCAUCUGAUCUUCUUGUUAACCCUGCCCAAGUCAACAUUGGUAAUGUUGAUGAGCUUGUUGCGAACAAGUCCAUUACUCAGACUGUUGAAGUCUUAGCACCAAUGGAGAAACAUACAAGGUUAGAGCAGAUACUGCGGUCUCAGCAACCGGGCUCCAAGAUUAUUAUUUUCUGUUCAACAAAAAGGAUGUGUGAUCAACUAGCACGGAACCUGACCCGCACGUUUGGAGCCGCUGCUAUACAUGGAGACAAGUCUCAGGCUGAGAGAGAUGACGUGCUGAACCAAUUUAGAAGUGGUAGGACUCCUGUUCUUGUUGCAACCGAUGUAGCUGCUCGUGGGCUUGACGUUAAGGACAUAAGGGUGGUGGUCAACUAUGAUUUUCCAAAUGGAGUGGAGGAUUAUGUUCAUAGAAUCGGAAGAACUGGAAGAGCUGGAGCAACCGGUUUAGCUUACACCUUCUUUGGGGACCAAGAUGCAAAACAUGCUUCAGAUCUUAUCAAGAUCUUGGAAGGAGCAAAUCAGAAAGUUCCUCCACAGGUCCGUGAAAUGGCUACACGUGGUGGUGGGAUGAACAAAUUCCGCCGCUGGGGUCCACCUUCCGGUGGUUCUGGUGGCCGUGGCUAUGGUGAUUCUGGUUAUGGUGGUCGUGGGGAUUCUGGUUAUGGUGGCCGUGGUGAUUCUGGUGGUAGAGGAAGCUGGGGUUCACGUGACAGUAGCAGCUCGGGAUGGGGAAGAGAGAGAAGCCGUAGUCCUGAGAGGUUCAACGCAGGUCCACCGUCGACUUCUGACCCACCUCGCAGCUUUCACGAGAUGAUGAUGAUGAAACAGAGAUAACUCAUCGUUCGUUUUAACCAAAUGGGGGCAAUAUACAUAGUAGAGACCCUUUCUGUUCGGUUAAUUAUUCAUUUUGUCUGCUGUGUGUUUGUGUGUGGAACGAAGUCACCAGUACUUCUAACAUCAAACACACCCGAAGUACUUCUAAUGUUUUGUUCGACGAGAAACCCUUUUUUGUUUAUAUAGUGAAAACAAAGACUCGUUAUGGGUUGGUUCUCUCUUUGGUGGUGUUUAAGUGGAAGAUGUUUAAGCUUAAUGUAUAUCAGACCCUCUUAUUUAGAAUGAAGUUA